AUGGUUCCCAAGCCCAAGAUCACGCUCUACCUUGAUACUGUCAGCCCGUUCGCUUACGAGGCAUAUCACAUCCUCCGGAAUGACCCAAUCUUCAAGAAUGUCGAGAUCAAAUACGUCCCCAUCUUCCUCGGCGGCUUGAUGAACAAGGUCUGGUUUCUCCAAUUCCCUCCCCCUUCGCCACCAUCCAUCCAUUCAUCCAUCACACUUAUCACGUCAAUCGCAUCACCACACCUCACUAACGUCACCCAAACAAAAACAGUGCGGCAACACCGCCCCAUCAACAUCAAAAACAAAGACAAAUGGAUCAACAUCGAACGUCUCCGCUGGGCCCGCGCCUUCUCCAUCCCCAUCAUCUCCGACAUGCCGCCCAACUUCCCGCCCAACACGCUUCCCACCCAGCGCGUCCUCGCCGGCAUCGAAGCCUCCUCCUCCUCUCAAUCCCAACAAUCCCAAUCCCAAUCAGCCAUAAUCGCCGCCCUCGACGCUCUCUACAAAGCCUACUGGGUGAACGGCACGCCCGUGCACGAACCCGCGCACCUGCGCUCCGUUCUGGCCUCUCCCCUCGAAGGCGGAGAAGCAGCUGCCGAUAAGGUCCUUGCCGCGGCGCAGACGGCGGAGGUUAAGCAGAGGCUGGUGCAGAAUACCGAUCAGGCAUUUGCUGAUGGGGCGUUUGGGCUGCCGUGGUUUACGUGCACGAACAGCAAGGGGGAGACGGAGGGGUUUUGGGGGGUUGAUCAUUUGGGGCAGGUGGUGCAGUUUUUGGGGCUGGAUAGGGGGGUUAGUGGGAAUGGAGGGUGGAAGUCGGUUUUGUGA